AUGGAACCUCACCUGAGCAUCCUGGACCUCUUGAAGCAAGCGUCCAAGGACGCAGCAGAACUUGAACGAGAGAAUAAUGACCUCCGCAAAGAAGGUACAAGAUCUGGGACCGACCUCUUUGACGAGGUGGACGAGCUGCAGGCUCAAGUAAAAACACUCUCGGAGUCCAACCAGCGUUACAAAAGAAGGCUUCGCAAGCUCCGCAAGCAGGAAAUCAACAGAGAGGCAGCCGACUUGGUGGAGGGUGACAGUUGGAUACCGGGGCAGGCGACGGAACAUGUGCGACGGUGUGGCGUGCUCUCUGAGCUCGCGUUGCAGUUGUUGCGAGCGUUCAGAGACUUGAUGGCUUCCAACGCGUUGGAAGAUAAAGAAGAAUGCCCCAUUUGUAUGGAGCCGCUCCGCGUCGAAAGCGCGAAAAGCCCUGACGAUGGAGACAUGGGGAAGGAAUGCGCAACCUGUUCUCAGUGUCGUCAGAGAUAUCUCCACGAGGACGCCGAGACAGUGCGAUACACUGCGGCACAACAGUGGGACGCCUUGUUAGACAUCGCCAACAAAUGGACCAGGAUGGACACUGCUCAAGAUAAAAGCGACGACGAGAUGGAAGAGGACGCCUCAGAGGAAACCGAGUCCGUCAUGGCAGACAACAUGGGCACUCCAAGGGCUUAUGCUGGUGCUCAAGCCAUGGAACAGGAGAACAAGCUCCUCCGCAAACAGGUGGAGCAACUCGAGGAACAGUUGGAUGCGAAGGUGGACGGCAGCGGAAGGUCUUCAUCGGAGUCUAAUCCGCUGAAAAGGAAUAGACAUAGUGCAUCGGAGCUGCGUGUUGAGGUAAAGCAGCUUCAAAAACAAGUCAGGGCAUUGCAGAGGCUACAAGUCCCCGCAAUGAAUGAGCCAGGAGACCAAGAGCGAGACUUCCAGGCAGACGACUCCGCACAUUCCCUGCGGAAGAUUCUGCGGGAGGUCUCAGACUUGGUGGAGGCGGCGACCAUCGACGACGACCAAUCGUGCGACCAAUGCGGCAAGUUGCUACAUGUAGAGAAAGCACACAGACUGAAGAUCCGACCCAACCCACAGAAGACCAAGGUAGAAGAAAUGAAGUGCCCCACAUGCGACACGGUAUGCCUCCGUGAAGACGUCGAAGCCGUGAGGUUCACGGAAGAGCAACGAUGGGACCAUCUCCUCAAGGUCACACGACGAUGGGCCAAGGUGGACUUCCGAAACCGCGAUGCGGGCUCGACGGACGCAGAGAACCUUGAAGAUGACUGGAUCGACGACGGGGAAACGACAGAAGCAGGGGCUUCCAGCACGGCGCGCUCGGACGACCGCGCCCAUAGUGCACUUUCGAGCUCUCCAGAGCCUCAAAAGCGGGCGAUCGAGUCCCCGACACGCCUGCGCAAGCGGGCCCGCGUCUCGUCUGAGCCGGAAGAGGACGAGCAGCCCUUUGAGUGA